CAUGCGCAGAAACACGUUAACGUCUAACGGUCUCGCGCCGAACUACGCAUGUGCAGGCCGUCAAAUCAACGGCACUUUUUUCCAUACAAAAAUUAUGUGUCAGUUUAUAACUUUCAGAGGUCGGAGUAAUAAAAUGCUCCACUACUUAAGGCAUUGGCUCGAAUCUAGGUUGUGCCUUUAGAUUUUGAGAAAAUUAACAACUAAGGAAUCAUUUUUCACUUCUCAAACCCCAAACUAGUCCGCUUGGUUUGUUUCAUAAGCGUUCCCGGAAGUCUCGUAAUGUUGAGCCUCUGGGGUUAGAAACUCCGUGGUUUGUCCUUUGAGCGACUAGAAGGAUUUGGAUCUCAUUUCGCGACAUUUUGUUGUUGCAGCAUAGGAGCACGGGCGCGCUGGGUAUGUAACACAGUGAAAUCCCGGGAGCCUGAACGCACAUCGGAGUAGAAACGCUUUCUCACCGUAAUUUAAAUAAUUGUGCACGAACGAACAUUACAUCCAGCAUCUACUGAAGUUGAUAGAGUUCCCGAGCGUUUUCUUAAACAAGCUAGUACAGUAGUUAGCGAACUCACGUUAGUUGCACGAGUCUAGUUGACACCUUUAACCAACAAAAAGCAGAAGUCACAACUUGCAGUUUGAGGGUUGUUCUGCAGGAAUGUCGCUGAAAGAAAGACCCACGUUUUAUCGGCAGGAGGUGAACAAGACGAUUUGGGAGGUACCAGAACGCUACCAGACGUUGUCUCCAGUCGGGUCCGGGGCCUACGGAUCAGUUUGCUCGUCUUAUGAUGAGAAGACCGGUCUGAAGAUCGCAGUGAAGAAGCUCUCCCGGCCAUUCCAGUCCAUUAUCCACGCCAAGAGGACCUACAGAGAGCUACGUCUGCUCAAGCACAUGAAACAUGAGAACGUGAUCGGCCUUCUAGAUGUCUUCACACCUGCUACUAGUCUGGAGGAGUUCAAUGACGUGUACCUGGUGACCCACCUGAUGGGGGCAGACCUCAACAACAUAGUCAAGUGUCAGAAACUCACAGACGAUCACGUGCAGUUCCUCAUAUACCAGAUCCUCCGGGGAUUAAAGUAUAUCCACUCAGCAGAUAUCAUUCACAGAGACCUGAAACCCAGCAACUUGGCUGUGAAUGAGGACUGUGAGCUGAAGAUCCUGGACUUUGGGCUGGCGCGGCACACUGACGACGAGAUGACGGGUUACGUUGCCACACGCUGGUACCGGGCACCAGAGAUCAUGCUGAACUGGAUGCACUACAACAUGACAGUGGAUAUUUGGUCUGUGGGAUGCAUCAUGGCUGAACUCCUCACUGGCAGAACGCUGUUUCCCGGUACUGACCACAUUGAUCAGUUGAAGCUAAUAAUGCUGCUCGUCGGGAUGCCAGAGCCUGAGCUCUUGAUGAAAAUCUCUUCAGAGUCUGCCAGGAACUACAUCAACUCCUUGCCACAGAUGCCCAAGAGGAAUUUUUCUGACGUGUUCAUCGGUGCCAACCCACAAGCUGUGGACCUGCUGGAGAAGAUGUUGGUUCUGGACACAGAUAAGAGGAUAACGGCAGCCGAGGCUCUGGCCCACCCCUACUUCUCCCAGUACCACGACCCUGAUGACGAGCCUGAGGCUGACCCCUACGACCAGAGCUUUGAGAGCCGUGAGCUGGAGAUCGAGGAAUGGAAACGGUUGACCUAUGAGGCGGUGUGCGAUUUUGAGCCACCUAUCUUUGAUGGAGACAACAUGGAAUCGUGAUUGGAUGAUGUGAUUUCUACAAGCCCCUCCCCCUCAGCCCCUACAACUUUAUAUCACUGAGGUUCCCGCUUAUCAUACGACCUUUGGGAAAACAAUAUCAUCCGAGUGCCUACAAACAUUUGUCUUUUGUUAUAUUUCUUAAGCUGGCGCUCUCUCUCCCCCCAUUCUGACUUGUAAAUGUGUUGCAAGGGAAAAAUAACUAAAAUGGCCUGGUCCCAGAUCUGUGUUGUGGCAUGACACGGCCAUGGGAGUUGGCUAUUCAGCACAAACAGAUCUUGGAACAUGCAAAAACUAAAAUGUAGGAAAGGAGAUUUUCAAGGACUGAAUAUCUGUAUUUACUACAAUUGUUUCUGCCUUGAAAAUACAGAGGCAAGCAACAACCAACCACUAAUACCAUUAUUUGUCCAUUGCUGGAAAAUGUCAUGCUUCUGUUAUUAUUCUGUCUAUAUGUAUGUUUUAAAUGGCACCCUAUUUACUAUAUAGGAAAUAGGGUGCCAUUUGGGAUGAAACCUAUAUUUCAACUACACUGAUCAAAAAUAUAAAUGCAACAUACAACAAUUUGAAAGAUUUUACUGAGUUACAGAUCAUAUAAGGAAAUCAGUCAAUUGAAAUUAACUCGUUAGGCCCUUAUCUAUGGAUUUGGCAUGACUGGGAAUACAGAUAUGCAUUUGUUAGUCACUUACUUUUGUAUAUAUAGUGUAUGCGGACACACCCGUUGCUGACAGGUGUAUAAAAUCAAGCACACUGCCAUGCAAUCUCCAUAGACAAACAUGGACAGUAGAAUGGCUUUAGUGAAGGGCUCUGACUUUCAUCGUGGCACUGUCAUAGGACGGUGCCGCCUUUCCAACAAGUCAGUUAGUAAAAUUUCUGCCCUACUAGAGCAUCUCCGGUACAACUGUAGUGGCUGUUAUUGUGAAGUGGAAAUGUCUAGGAGCAACAACGGCUCAGCCGCGAAGUGGUAGGCCACACAAGCUCACAGAAUGGGACCGCUAAGUGCUGUAGUGUGUAAAAAAACAUCUGUCCUUGGUUGCAGGACAGAUGAGUUCCAAACUGAGUUUGGAAGCAAUGUCCGCACAAGAACUGGAUGGAAGCAUAUCCCCGCAGAAAUGCUCCAACAUCUAGUGGAAAGCCUUCCCAGAAGAGGGAAGGCUGUUAUAGCAGCAAAGGGGGGACCAACUCCAUAUUAAUGGCCAUGAUUUUAGAAUGAUAUUGUGUCCACAUACCUUUGGUAAUGUAGUGUAGGGGCGUGGGUCAGAACCAGUCAGUAUCCGGUGUGACCUCCCUUUGCCUGCAGUGCGAACACAUCUCCUUCGCAUAGAAUUGAUCACGUUCUUGAUUUUGGCCUGUGAAAUAUUGUCUCACUCAAUGGUUGUGCGAAGUUGCUUGAUAUUGGCGGGAACUGGAACACGCUGUCCAUACACGUUAUUUCAGAGCAUACCUAACAUGCUCAAUGGGUGACAUGUUUGAGUAUGCAGGCCAUGGAAGAAAGGAGACAUUUUCAGCCUCCAGGAAUUGUGUACAGAUCCUUGUGGCAUGGGGUCGUGCAUUAUGCUGAAACGAGGUGAUGGCGGCAGAUGAAUGGCACGACAAUGGGCCAGAUCAUCAUCACGGUAUCUCUGCAUUCCAAUUGCCAUUGAUAAAAUGCUAUUGGGUUUGUUGUCCGUAGUUUAUGCCUGCCCAUACCAUAACCCCACCGGCACCAUGGGACACUUGUUCACAACGUUGACAUCAGCAAACCGCUCGCCCACACUAUGCCAUCAUGUCGUCUGCGGUUGUGAGGCGGGUUGGACGCACUGCCAAAUUCUCUAAAACGAAGGAGUGGCUUAUGGUAGAGAAAUUAACAUUCAAUUCUCUGGCAACAGCUCUGGUGGACAUUCCUGCAGUCAUCAUGCCAAUUGCACGCUCCCUCAACUUGAGACAUCUGUGUCAAUGUGUUGUGACAAAGCGGCAUAUUUUAGAGAGUGGCCUUUUGUCUCCAGCACAUGUGUAAUGAUCAUGCGGUUUAGUCAACUUCUCUAUAUGCCACACCUGUCAGGUGGAUGGAUUAUCUUGACAAAGGAGAAAUGCUCACUACCAGGGAUAUAAACUAAUUUGUUCACACAAUUUGAGAGAAAUAUGCCUUUUGUGCGUAUGGAACAUUUGGGUAAUCUUUUUCAGCUCAUGAAACAUGGACCAACACUUUUUACAUGUUGCAUUCAUAUUUUAGUUCAGUGUAGUUUUUUUAUAUUCCUCCUUCAGAAGUUUUUGAUAUUAUUUUGAGACUUCUAUGGCUUAUCACUGUGACAUUCAAAAGAAAUGAGAUGCUGAAUUAAACGUCCGGAAAAAAUAUAGCUGUGUACUAUAUGAUUGAAUCAUUUAAUAGUGUAUAUCAAUUGAAAUGUGGAAUACAGACUGUCAGUCUCGCAAUGCCAAUCGCAGCAUUAGUGUCACAGAUUUACAGGCGCUUCAGAAAUCAGCUUUACUGUAUCAGACAGGCUGGGUCUCAAAUGGCACCUUAAUACCUAAUAUAGUGUAGGACUUUUAGUUUUAUUUAACCAGGUAUGUUGACUGAGAACACAUUCUCAUUUACAGCAACAACCUGGGGAAAAGUUUCAAGGGGAUGAAUGCGCAAACUGGAAAUAGUUGGUGACCAUGAUGGUAAGAGUGCCAGAUUGGGAAUUUAGCCAGGACACCGGGGUUAACACUCUUACCAUAAGUGCCAUUGGAUCUUUAGUGUCCACAGAGUCAGGACACCUGUUCAAAUCAGUUCCAAAAGAUGACACCUUACUCAGGGUAAUGUCCCUAGUCACACACACUAUUUUUAGACCAAAGGAAAGAGUGCCUCCUACUGGCCCUCCAACACCACUUGGUCUUCCAUUCAGGGACCGAUCAGGACCAAACCUGCUUAGCUCUAGAGUCAAUCUAGCAGUGGGAUGCAGGGUGUUAUGCUGCAGGACACAAGGUUUUGGUCAAAAGUAGUGCGCUAUAUAGUGAACAGGGUGCCAUUUGAGACUCAGCUAGGGAGUUCUUCUAUUAUUCAACGUUGUUAUGAGCUUUAGGAAAUGUUUUAGCUGUGAGGAAAAAUUGCUUUAGAUCUACCACAUUGCAGAUGAAUCUCCAUCCCCCACGCCCUAUAGUCUUACAACUCUUCAGUCAGUGCGACAUUUGGUUAAAUGCCAGCAGCCAGACCAUAAGAUGUUUACUACCAUUUUUAGUGCUCAAACCCUAAAAUCAUUAUUCAGUUAAUUUAAUGCCCAAAUGAUUCAAUUCACUAUUUUUGUUAAAUUUUUGAAUUUUAAAGUGGCUUCCUCAUGUCCUUUCUGCACUGAGGUGAAGGAGCUAUGUAGAUGAAAGCGAAAGCCUGGUAUGGGUCCACCAUAUUGCUUUCUCCUGUUCUCAAAACAGAACAGUACAGACAGAUGAGCGAAGUUACUGUUGGUCAUUGAUGUAGCCUCAGUCUGCCUAAAUAAAAUGGCCCUGGAAAUCUAGCCUGUUGAACCAGAUUGAUUGCUGGACUCCAUUGAACACAGAAUUCAGUCUGGUUUAACCAGGCUAAGGAUUCUGAAUACCACUUUAAAUAUUUACACUUUGAAACCAGAUGGAGUUCCUUUGAGCCACUGUAGGUCAUUUAAUGUGCCAAAUAAUGUGGCAUUAAUUAAACCAGGAAAAGGUGUUUGUGGGUACAAAAUCUAUGUACAUAUCUGUUCUAUUUUAAUUUUUAAUCUUCAUUACUUAUUUUCUGUGGUUUGUGGUUGAAUUGAAUUCACUAAAUCUUCAUUAUCAGCAUGUUCAUCAUUUUACAUGAGUGAUUUUUGAAUACGUGUGUGUUUACAGGAGUUUGAAGUGUCAUGCUUAAAGCCACAAAAGAUAAAUAUUAAAUAAAUUAGGGAACUUCUUAGAUAUAUUUAUACUUUGUUGUGGUAUUUAUAAACUGGAGAGGGAUACUGUUUAUUUCAGCCAAGCCCCAUAGAAUACGUAUCUAACAGUCUUAACAGCAAAGCAACUAUUAGAAUCAUUAAUGCCUUUGUUAAUAAAGACAGUAUUUUUCAGAG